AUGCAAUCUCUGCUAGGGGUAGAAGAGAUGGCCACAUCGAUACCGGGAGGGCAAGUGUGUUUCUCUCAUUGCAAGUCCUCCUCGUGCCUUGCAGGGGAGGAGGGAGGGAGGAGGAGGGGGUUAGCAGAAUCGUUGCCGCCUUUUCAACGAGUCCCAGAUGACCAAACUAGGCAAGUAUCUUUCGAAAUCCGAUCCAGGAUGGUUUCGAGUAUGCGUGGAGACAGACUCAUUCGUAGACCUAAUCAUGAGUAA